GGUUUGUCUGGUAUCUCUGUGAUCCUGUCUGUCCUUCCUCUUAGUGUCUCUGCCUAGUAAACAUGAACACACUAAUAUCCAUUCUUUACCUUGCUCUCAUAGGCCUCGUUACUGCCAUUCCCUCGUCACUCAUUCCAAGGCAGGAUACCAGUGGACUAGUCUCCGCCCUCAAGUCAUGCAUCUCGCUCCAAAACAGCUGUAAUGCGACCACAGUUGAUCUCAGCAACUUUUAUAACUACACGUCGUGUUUCCUCCUAACUGCAUGUAUGGAUGGCCCUGCACAAGUCCUCAGCAUGUCCCAAGCGCCUGCGACUCAACCCCGGCUGUCCGAAUCUGUUUUCUAUGCCAUAACAAAUGGGAAUUCAUACAUGACGCAACAAAACUACAUCGAUGCGUAUUAUCAUCAGAUUUCCAUCACUCCUGGCGGCUCCUACCCUGACGACGUCACUGACAUUACUGAUCAAUGGUCGCACAUCGCUGCUUGGACCGGGUUCUGCGCCACUGAAAACAUUCCUUAUGCCAACCUUACUGACUGGCUCGAGUACUCAUCUGUCCCUGGAGUGUGUCCGGCAGUGGCAUCGUGCAACACUAGCACAACGGUGCCAAUGAUCCCAUGCGUCCCCCAACCGAUAACAGAAAAUGGUUCAUGCGCCGAAAUGGCUAAUCAGUGUCAAUUUUGGGUGACCCAGGGUCUCUUCCAAAAUGAAUACUGCGUUCUCGCGAGCUUCUGCUAUGCGUGGAGCAACACUGAUGUCCUACUGCAACAAGUAUACCCGUCAGAUACCUCUCCAACGCCCACUACUGCUCAAGAGGCGAAGCUUUCUGAAGCAGUGUUCUAUAAUAUGACGGGUGGAGCAGCAUCAAUGACUCAACAAAACGUGAUCGAUGCAUACUACGAGGGCUUGACAGGCACAUGGUCAUCCCUCGAUGGAACUUUGGCAGGGAUGCCCGAGAAAACCGACAAAGAUGGGCCGUAUCCAGCCUCCACUGACUAUGUCAUUGAGUUCUGGGGUAUGAUCAGCGCAUGGACCGGUUUCUGCGAUACACGCACUAUCCCGUAUGACAACCUAGCGGAUUAUCUCUCAUUUGCCGCCACCAGUGGAUAUCAUCCAACUUGUUAGGGGAAAUCGAGUUCUCGGUAUCUGAUCCGGACUCUGACCUAUUUAUUUCGAAUGUUUCGAUAUCCUGUCUUUCCAGAUGACAUUUUGUCAUGUUAAUACCUGACCUUCGUUGAUUUUGAAUGAUAAACAUCCACUCGCUC